AUGGCGGCGAGUAGAUUGUUCAGACGUGCUUUUGACAGCCUUAAAAGCAAAGAAUUCCGGAACUAUUUAAUGAGUACACACUUUUGGGGACCAGUGGCAAAUUGGGGAAUUCCUUUAGCAGCCAUAGCUGAUAUGAAGAAAGACCCUGAGUUAAUUAGUGGAAAAAUGACUUUUGCUCUAUGUAUUUAUUCAGCUCUCUUCAUGAGAUUUGCAUGGAAAGUCCAACCUAGGAAUUUUUUAUUACUUGCCUGUCAUAUAACUAAUGAAGCAGCACAGAUAACACAAGGUGCUAGACUUAUAAACCAUGGAUUACAAAAAGGUAAAUUGUCCAAAGAAUCAGCAUCACUGAAGUAGAUUAUACCCACAGUAUAAAGACUAAAAAUGAAAGUACUGUUUAGAAUCUUCCUCAUAUGAAAAUUUCUGCUUACAACUUUUCCAAGGAUGAUUUAGAUUAUAACAUGAUCUAAAUCCUAAUUUGAGCCAAUAAACUUUGUUUUUGUUUUGGUUUUAAGAUUCUUUGUUAAGUGCAACAUCAAAUAAGGGAGCAGCCAACACAACUUUACAAGGAAAACAUGGAUAUUAAAUGUAAUAUCAGGUUUCAAGGCUGUGGAGUCCAUAACAUUACACUGAAUGAUCUAAAAAGCAUGUAUUAGAGAUGUACCUACCGGUAUGCAGAAUUUGACUACUGUAUUGACAUUGGCUGUUUAUUCUAUUGAUUUAGCUCUUGAGCUAACAGAUAACACACAUUCGAAAUACAGAUUAAAAAAUUAGAGUUGUAAGCAGAAAUUUUCAUAUGCUACAAUUGAUGCUGUAGAUGUAAGCGGGUCAUAUCAUCCAAAUAUCUUUUCCUACUCCAAUUCAGCUUAUUUUCAUUAUUAUGCUUUCUGUGAUUUAGUUUCUAAAUUUGGAUUGGGCAAUUUAGGUGGUCUAUCUAUAAUUGGUUUUGUUGAUCAGGGUAAUGUAUCACAGGGUACUACCAUACUCAACUAAAUUUAUGUAAAACAUUUAGUGGUUCGGACCUAGAUGUAAAAAAUAACACAAUUCAGGUAUAAGCUUGAAAGCCAGUAUAUUACAUUUUCCCUUAGCCUGGUCAGUGUGUCUAGAUAGGAAUAUUUAUUUCUCAGCUUAAAUAUGCAAAUACACUGUCGUUUUAAGAGCACAUUUUUUUAAAGUCUUUUAAUAUAAAUUUACAGACCAAUGCUUUUUUUUUUAUGGUGUUACCAUAUUUGCUUUAUUAUAAGUAUGUGUGCUUAAAGCUUAGUAUAUGAGUUUGGUACAGUGAAAUUCAAGUAGUUUUGACAUGACCUGGAGAUGCACUUUCAAUAAAGUAACUAUAAUGUGUUCUAUGUAUCAAUGCAUUGGAUAAGUCACUGUAAUAGUAGGGGAACGUAAUCUAAAUUACUCUCUUAAAUUCCCUAAUAUAUUUGUAAAUUGUUACUUAUUCCCCACAUCAUAUUUCCAACUGCGAAAUCUCUGAUUAUCUGACAUCUUAGUCAUCUGAUCUGCAAACUGAAAAGAAAAAAUUAAUGGGAUUUCCUCAACAUUGCAAAACAAUUUUGUAUUUACCCAACCAUUCCUAAACACUGUAGUGAUGAAAAUCAGUUUUCAACAUUACUGACAAUAUAAUACUUGUGUACAUCUUUUCAAUGCAUUGAAACAAGAGUUACUAACAAUGUUUUUUUUGGGGGAAGAGUGAAAAAAAGAUUGUCUAAAAUGAACUUGGCUAAUGUAUACCAGAAUCAUGAGAUGAGGUGUUUUGUAGACAAUCACACAAUUGUUGUGAUGCAAUUUAAUAGUUAUAAUGGUGCAUCAUUAACGAAACAGAAAAACAUACAUUUAAUUUAAUUUGUAAUUUGAUAAAAUAAAAUAGACAAAAUAAGUGUAAAAAUGAAGGGAAUCAGGGGCCUCAACAUUUUUGUUUGUGCUUCAAGUCACCUACACACUCACAUACAAUUUUAUUUUAUUCUUGAAAACUGACCUCCCAGCAGUCAACAAGCUGACCAUUUUAACUCAGGAUUCCUACAAAAUAAGUUUUAUUAGAAAUCACACAUCCACACACAUGAUCAGCAUGAAUGUCACAAGGCGAGGACUUCCUGUAAUCAACGACUUAUACCACCACAAUCUUACAUAAACAUGAAAUAAAUGCACACACUGCAUUGACCCUUUGCUUUCGGCAGAACUGUAUCAUUUGCAUGAAUUCAAAAUGGUAAAUUUUGUGCAUUGCCAGGCAAAUUAAUUGAUAUCAAAUGUAAACAUAUUUAUUUGUACUAAAUCCCUUUUAGAGUAGAGGAUGUACAUGUAGGGAAUGACUCUCACUACUGAAGUCAUGUUUCAACACUUUUCCAACAUUUGAGAAAGAACUCUCUUUCACAUCUAAAAUUCCAAACCUUGGCUAUUCACCAAGCUAUGUUAAAUAUUCACAUAAACUGUGGUUGUUACUUGAAUGCAUAUUAAGAAAAACUGUGGUGAAUCUACAUAGAGAAUAAAUAACAAAGUGUGGACAAUGGGUCACAUGACCAAGAGUGGUAUGAAAUUCAUACAUAUUGAGUUAGAAUAUUUAUGACAACAAGCAAAAUCAAUGCAAUUGAAUUGUUAUAAAACUAAGGUUUAUUAAAAUAUUCUCCUCUUGUAUUCAGAAUGAGGGGGAAGUCCCCAUUAUUUUUAGAUAAACCCUCUAUUUAGAUGAGAUGCUGCACAUAAGUGUUCCACAACUUUCAGUGCAUCUAAAUGUUAGUGAUGAGUUUAUUUGAUUUGUUUGACUUUAUGUACUUAUUUACAUCAGGUUUGAUAUGCAUUUAUUCUGAAUUUCUGCGCGUCACAGCUGUUUCAAUAAGUUUGAAUUCUCAAACAUUGACCAUAAAUCAUACAACCACAUACAUGUCAUAUAUUAGUCAAGGCACUAAUAAACAUUUCUGAGUGCUUAAUUUAAUGCAUUCUAUUAAUUUUUCUGCAAAUACUUGAGGAAACUCUACAGCAGUAACCAUAACAAGUAAAUUUGUCUGAAAAUGAGUUAUGCAAAUUAUAUAUACAAGAAAACUAAUGAUGGUACAUCACUUUGUCUUUUGGUUCAUGAGAACUAUCAAAUUUGCUUGUCUAAUAAUUGAUAACUUAAAGGUUCCUGAUUGCGUGUUCACUAUUGAUCCUAACGAAAUGAAUCUAGGCAUAAUAUUUCAUCAGAUGUUUUGAUUUGGCUUUUCAUUUAUUGUUUGUAUCAACAUAAGCUAAUUUACAUUAUUAUCGGUUAUGAAUUAAGUUUUUUCUUAAAAUUCAGUCUGUGUGAUACUUUAAAACCAUUUAUUUUCACCACUUUGAUGUUUUGAACAAUUUCCGUUGGGUCUAAGUUCACAAACUUUGCAACGAAACAAUUAGUUCCAUUAUUAUUUUACAUGUUCACAUGAAUUUAAUUUAGUGGAUUUUACUUAUCUGCAAAAACAGAAAGUUAAAAAGCAUUAAAUAAUUGAUGUGAUUUCAGUACUUUCAAUGUCAUUGACAAUGCCUUCGCUCCCAUUAUAAAAAAUAAAUUGUUUGUCGCCAUGCUUUCAAUGUCAUUGACAAUGCUUGUUAGCUACUUUGCUUAUAUGAUACAGAUCACCAAAUCAUUGCAAUUCAUAUGUGCUGCUGUAAUAUACACCUAAUACUAAGCAAUAAGUAUUUCUAAUAUUCUGUA